UGGGUAUAAAGCUUUGUCCCAUUGUUGCGAAUGUGUUUUCCAGCUGGUCUGGUCGGGCCAACGCGAAACACCACUGCACUUUCCCCCCUUUCUUUUAUUUUUGUUGUAUUGUCUUAUAUCGUAAUGUCUUUUUCUUGCGACCACUCAUUGGACGGCAGCUUUCCUCCCUCCCCGGCGGAGGACAGGGGUUCAAAACGUCUGUCCUGGGGCAAUCUGCUGCAGAGGCUGGCUGAGGUGAAGGGGCUCAAUCAGAGACUCACAGCAGAGCAGUGCAGCAGGAGUGAAACUGGGUCUGUGGCCGACAUGUCAGACUUAGAGAGCUUCUGUCAUCCCCUGGAGGAGACCCUGGCUACAGAGGUGGUGGCGACCAUUGCACAAAGGCUGAGCGACUCUUCACACACUCUGGGCUGCUCCAAGCUCAUCGUACCUGACUGUCUCCUGCAGAACAUCGGCCAAGAGCUGCUCCACCUGGCCGCCACUGAGCCCUGCGGCCUCCGGGGAGCGCUCAUAGAUCUGUGUGUGGACAAGGGGGACCAGGACUCUUUGUGCAGCGUGGCUCAAAUCGCAGUAGAUGCCAGCCUUGUGCCAACUUUCCAUGUUACCCUGGCAUUGAGGCCUGAGACGGGAGGACUGUGGCCCAAGGUUCAGAGACUCUUCAAGGGAAACAAGUCCCCACAGACUCUGAAUGUAACAGCAAGGCUCCAACAUAGUUUAAGACUCAGUGCUGCCUUCAGGGCCAUCAAAAGGAAACUGUAUUCCUCUGGUGAGCUCCUGAUUGAGGAGUGUUGCUGACCAAGCACUCCCCGAUGAAUUGAACCUCAUUCGUUUAGACUGUAAUAAAGGCUUAAGGGAAAAGCUGAUGGGUUCAGCAUUGACUUAAUGAUUCCUAUGGACUGUGGUAAAGGUUUAAGGGAAAAGUUGAGGAGUUAAGUAUUUGGCUAUGAGGACAAAUGUCAAACCAUGUUUCAUCGUACAUGUCAAAUGGCAAAGAAAAUAAGGUCUAAGGUUAAGUGGCAUACUGUAGUGAUGAGCAAUGCAUUUUUUAAAAGGACAUACUUGUGUAGUUGUGGGUUUAGGCUUUUUUUUUUUUUUUAAGUCUUUGGUAUUGUAUUAAGAAACCAAAAGUGUGUAUCCCAGUUUUUUGUGGAACUAUUUUGUCUCAUGGCAGCUAAGAACUGUGCAAGUGACCUAGAAGUGUGGGCUCAUGUUUGAACAUGACUCAACAUUUCCUUCUUUUGAAAUGCCUCCGUGGAUGGUUUAUCUGUGUAUUUGAUAGUCAAAUAUUGACCUGAAACUGUUCUGCUUUUGUAUUUUUGAUGGCAUAAGUGUGGACUUCAAGAAUGUGAACAAAUAAAUUAUUUUCUGAUA